AUGUCUGUGGAAAGAUCUAUGGAAGCUUGGGAAGAGGUACAACGACAUGGACAAGACUUAGCUGAUAGAUUAGCUCAGGGCUUUACUGGUUUGAUUCAAAUCAAUCCACCUUCAUUUCCAUGGCCGAAUCAUCAGAAAUCGAAGCUUAGAGAUUCUAGAUUGUCUAUUGACCAACCAAUCGAUGGCGUUUCGGCUAUUCUUGAUAUUGGGAACAAGAUUGGUCAAGCUGGUGUUGAUUUUGGAGCUGGAUUGAAUGUGAUGGUUCAACAAUUCUUUAGAAGGUUGCCUAUACCGUUUCGACAUGAAGUGGACGGUCCGGUUUCUACUGAGAGAGAUACUAUUAGAAGGAGUCAUAGGGUUUAUGCAGACACAAAAGAGGACUCUGUUACUGUGUUGGAGGAGAAAGUUACAGAAUUUGAUUUAAAGACUAUUGGAUUACUUGGGAGACCAAAGGGUGUGGUUGAGAUAUCGUCAAGUUAUGAAAGUAGAACAAGUGGUAUGGAACAUUCAUUAGCAGCCAGGGGAGAUCUUUGGAGAGUAGAAGCUUCUGCUUCAAGCUCUACCGCAAGAGUUGAUAGCUCGUCUCUCUUUCUACUCCAGCUUGGUCCGCUGCUAUUUAUGCGCGAUUCAACUCUUCUUUUACCUGUUCAUUUAUCAAAGCAACACUUGCUCUGGUAUGGAUAUGAUAGAAAGAAAGGUAUGCAUUCGCUUUGUCCAGCUAUUUGGUCAAAGCAUCGAAGAUGGCUUAUGAUGUCAAUGCUCUGCCUCAAUCCUUUAGCUUGCUCUUUUGUAGACUUACAGUUUCCAAAUGGACAAUUAACAUAUGUAUCUGGUGAGGGAUUGACGACUAGUGUCUUUGUUCCUUUUUGUGGCGGUAUUCUUCAAGCGCAAGGUCAACAUCCAGGCGAUAUGAGAUUUAGUUUUUCUUGCAAGACUAAACAAGGAACACGAAUCACAUCAAUGGUAAACUGGCCUGACAAAUCAUUUGGAGUAGGUGUUUGUCAAGCCUUGGCUUGGCGUAAGUCCGGUAUCAUGAUGAAACCGGCAAUCCAGCUUAGCGUGUGCUCUACGUUUGGUGGAAGCAAUCCCGGGAUGAAAACCGAAGUUAUCCACUCGUUGAAUGAUAACAUCAAUAUGAUAUGUGGCUGCGCGAUCACCGCUCAUCCUUCAGCAUUUGCAUCUCUUUCCUUUGGUCGGUCCAAGUGGAAUGGGAACAUGGGACGAACCGGAAUAGUUGUUAGAGCUGAUACUCCUCUUGCAAGCAUUGCUCAACCUUCUUUCUCCAUCCAGCUCAACAAUGCUUUUGAGUUCUGA